AGUGCGGCGAUGAGAGAUGAUUGCGCGGGUCGCGAACGGAAGUAGCCACCCGCCACGCUAGCUUCCGGUGGAAUCAGCUACGAGUCUGAAGCAACUUGGAAGGAAGGACCUGAGAUCGUGCCUACCGCUCGAAGGGGGCAGAUAUCGCGUGCAACGUCAGUCGUUUUCUCAUUUCGUGCGUCUCGUGACAACAGGGGGUCAACGAGGGGGCGGACGAGCGAGCUUUAACUCGGGAGACACGAUCACCCGAUGCCAGCCAGACCGCUUUCCGCCUUUGGUUCAGUCCGUACCUGGUUUCCUGACCUGCUUGCAUGACAACCGUUUAACGAACAUGAUACCCCCGCGUCGGCCGAGUGUCGCGCUCCAUAAUCGCCCUUCCUCCGAACCCGCGUCGUUCUGCCUUUAAGUUCUCGAUGCGGAUUUGUCUAGACGAGUGUCUCUCGGGCUCUGCAUUAAUAAUGCACGAAUGAUCUAAUUGUUCGUUCGCACAAGAUCCCAAUCAAGGCUGUGGCUCUGUUUACUGUAAUUGGAAUGUAAUCGAUAACUAUCGGUAAUUAAGCACACAUAAGCAUAUAAAAUAAGAAAUAUUUAUACAUAUAAUAACGUUUUUAAAUAGUAUUAUUUACUAAAAGAAGCGCAAGACAGCUUCAUUAAUUCGACAUCUGUAAGCGACAAUGAUUAUGUAAUUGUCGUCUGAUAUUGUGAAUAGAAAUGACUGCUCCGGAGGCACCACUCGACUUUCGACUCGAGUAUAUCGGCGGUUUUGUGCAGAAGAGUCUGAAAUUGAAACCAGAAAAAUGGGGAAGAUUAUUACUGAUCGAGGACUAUCGAAAUGUGGUGCUGGACUUUUUGGACAGACCCUUACCGGUCGCCCUUUUCGUCAUUCUGACACCGAAUGCGCAGUUAGUGGCGUCUUCCAGUUUCCCCAUACCAUGCCAGAGAACAAAGGGAAUUUACGCGGUCAAGGUGAAGCAGACACCGCUAUCGAAAGACAAAGAGGGAUGCUCGACUAUGUUAAUCGUGGGGGACCUGUCUCAUCGAAUGGUCGAUCAGUUGGCCACGAUAGUAGACAACAUUUUUGCUCCCCUCCUUACCAAGCCGGAGAAUCACAAGGAUUUACCGGAAAUGGCCGUUCAGGACAUAUGUAAGCACGUACACGCUCUCCGUGGCACGUUGUAUCAGGUGAAAGGUCAAGUGAACGGAAGAACGGUGCUGCCCAUGCCGGCAGGCCUCGAGAGGGUGACGGAAGUCGAGAGAUUGGUUUCCGUGGAGGGACCACAGGCGGUAGAUCUGUAUCUGAAGAGUGCUAUAGAAGGUGUGAUAAUCAAAUGGGCGUCCUUAGUGCACAACGUCGUCACUCAUGAAUCCAACGCUGCGUUUGACAACGGUCAAAAUCCGACGCCCAACGUCGAGCUGGAAUAUUGGUCCACCAGACUGGCGAACUUGAGAUACAUUUACGAUCAGCUGCAAGAGGAUCGAGUGAAAAAGAUGGCGACAAUCCUCGAGAAGACCGACAGCGCGUACUUUCCCAGUUUUCGCAAGCUGUUCGACAACGUUGUCUCGUCGUUGGCCGAAGCGAAGGAGAUAUCAUUAUAUCUGACGCCUUUAGCGAAAUGUUUUAAAUCGGUGGAGGAGAUCGACUUUGCCGAGGCUAAACCGCUGAUGGCGGUGCUAAUACAUUCCCUAGGAUUAGUAUGGGCGAAAUGCAAGAGUUAUCAGAGCUCGAGCAAGCUCAUCAUCAUGCUCCGACAGAUAUGCAAUUUAUUAAUACAAGCGGCACAUCGAUUCCUCGAUCCAGCAUCGAUAUUUCAAAGUGACGUCGACGAGGCUCUCCAACGCGUUAAAAGACUCCUGGAGGAAUUCAAAGGACAAUUUGAACUGAGGAAGCACAUGCCCGGCUUGCAACCGGAAGCUCCGCCGUGGACGUUCAAUUCGAUCGCCGUCUUCACUCGUCUCGAUGCCUUCCUGAAACGGCUGACGGAUAUCGAGUGGCUUUUCGACACCGUCCUCGAGUUCUCCAAGCUGGAGAGGAUCGAAAUAGGAGGUAUUCUCGGACGGUCGUUGAGCGCGAGGAUCAUAAGUGUGUUUAAGGAAUUCCAGCAGCUCUUCGUCUCCUUCAGCGUGCGAGCCAGCGAUGUCCUCGAGCCGGACGACGAGUCCUUCGUCGUCGACUGCGCCAAGUUCGCCGAGUCCAUCACCGACUUCGACAGCAAGCUCGCUGCGAUUCUGUGUCAAGCUUUCGAUGAUUGCGGCAAUCUGGAGAGCGUCUUCAAGUUGCUAAAUAUUGUCGGAUCAGUGCUGGACCGACCUGUUAUACGGAAGCAGUUCACGAAUCGAUACGCUCGGAUCCUCGAGCUUUUGAAUAUGGAGCUCUCGGUGGUGGAAGUUCUGUUCAAUCGCGGCACUCGGGGUGCUCUAACUAGUUUGCCACCAUUGGCCGCUGCUUUAACAUUCACCAAUAUGCUGAAGCAACGUAUCGACUUACCCAUACAAUCGUUUAAAGCCAUGUCGCACCCUAUCGUGUACAGCGAAGAAGGCCAGAAUAUAAAGACGCGUUACGAGAGGCUGAUAAAAAUAUUUGCUGACAAAGAGGAUGAUCUCUUCACCGAAUGGGCGCGAACAGUACCACGAAACGUCGACGUAGGCCUCAAUCGUCAUCUCUUUUGCAGAGAGAUCGACGGCGGUCUAAUAUUAAACUUCGAUCCCGAUCUUCUCGCAGUAUUGAAGGAAGUGAACUAUUUGAAACAAAUGUCGCGUUCUGAUAUCCCUGAGGAAGCGAUUAAGGUAUCCGAAAGCGCGGAGACUUUCAGGAAAUUUCGGACGGCGCUGGGUAGUACGGUCGACUCGUACAACAACAUACGUAGGACAACCAAACGAGUGGAAUUUGAUCUGAUCGAGUUGGAAGUGGCCAGAAUCGAUUCUCUGGUAUCUCGCGGGGAGAACGAGCUCUGCUGGAGAUCGGAUGGUCUUCCAGAAUAUAUAACCGAAUUAGGCGAUCUCGUGGAAGGACUGUGGAAGCGCAUGAAGUCCGCCCAAUCGAACGUGCAGAAGAUCAGAAGUAUCUUGGAGCCCUGGACGAAGACGCCGCUCAUUGAACGCAAGGACCGUCGUAAGGACGCGCUGCUGGCAUUGGAAGAUCGUUCGGAGAAAGUAUCGAAGCGUUACGCGGAGAUCACGAGGGCCACCGAGCAGAUACACUCGAUAUUGGAGGAAAAUAAAACGCUCUUCCAAAUUAGCGAGACCGAGCAGGGAGCUUGGCAGGAAUACGUGAAAUACAUUGACGACAUCGUAAUCGAGUCCCUUCGAAAAGCAGUCGGGUGCUCCCUAGGCUACCUGGCAGAAAAUAUGGAUCCGAUUGGUCAAUGCGUACCAUUAUUGGAAGCGAAAUUGGAACUUAGGGAGCCAGAUCUGUAUUACAUGCCAUCAUUGGAACCAGAAGAUCCGGAUGGGCUUGAUCAGCUGGUUCUCGGCUUGUUAAAUGAUAUUAUCGGUAUGGCCGCUUUGAUAUCGCGAUUGAAGAGCGAUUCUGUGGGAUAUGCCGAGGAACUGGCGUGCGAUGCUGACAUCAAAGGAAUGAAAGACGAGAUAUUGACAAGCGUAGCCACCGCCGUAGAGGAAGCUACUGACUUUUGUAGUAACUUUGAAGGCUACGCUUAUCUGUGGUUGGACGAUAGGGAUGUUGUAAUGCAACAAUUCCUCGAGUACAGCCGGCAAUUGUCAAUGGAGGAAAUGGACAUGGUGGCAGCUCAGGACCCCAAAGGUCCGACUAAGUCACCGCCGAAAAUGGAGCAAUUCCGUGAACAAAUCGACCUUUACGAGGGCCUCUAUCUCGAGAUCGAGGAAAUGGAUCUGUCCAAAGUAUUUUGCGGCUGGUUCAGGGUAGACCUAAGACCCUUCCGGCAGUCGGUACUAAAUACAGUGUGCAAAUGGUCCAGCAUGUUCAAAACGCAUUUGGUCGAUCAUGUAACAAGCAGUCUCUCAGAUUUAGGCACUUUUAUAAGAUUAGCGGACGAGGGAUUGUCACAACAAGUACAACCAGGUGAUUACGCUGCUCUGGUCAGUGUAAUGGGCUACUUGCUGCAAGUAAAAGAACGCCAGCCGAUUACGGACGAGAUGUUCCAGCCAUUAGAGGAAACCAUUGAGUUGCUCAAGUUCUACGAUCAAGAUAUACCCGAAGAAGUAAAUGUACUGCUGCAAGAAUUACCGGAGCAAUGGGCAAACACGAAAAAACUUGCUCUUAUGGUGAAGCAGCAUGUUGCGCCAUUACAAGCAGGCGAAGUGUCAAGAAUUCGCGGUCGCAUCUCCGCGUUUGACAUUACAAUAACUCACUAUCGAGAAGCGUUUCGGCGAUACACGUUCUUUAAGUACGAUUGCCAGAAUUCGUACGAAUUACUGGACGAAGGGCACAAGGAGAUCCUGAUGCUGGAACGUCAAAUGAAGGAUAUACAGGAGUCCGCCUCCCUGUUCGAGGUGACGGUGCCUGAAUUCAAGCAGCUCAGGCAGUGCAGGAGAGAACUGAAAAUGCUUAAGCAGCUCUGGGAUUAUGUAAAUAUAGUGCAGAGCAGUAUCGAGGGUUGGAAGACGACUCCCUGGAGGAAAAUCGACGUGGAGAAUAUGGACAUCGAGUGCAAGAAGUUCGCAAAGGAGAUACGCGCAAUGGACAAAGAAAUGAGGCCGUGGGACACGUACGUAUCAUUGGAAGCAACGGUGAAGAACAUGCUUACGUCACUACGUGCUGUCGCAGAAUUGCAAAAUCCAGCCAUUCGAGAGAGACACUGGCUACAGCUGAUGAACAGCACUAAGGUUCGUUUCGUAAUGGACGAAUCGACGACUUUAGCCGAUCUGCUUGAAUUGAAUCUUCACGAAUGCGAGGACGAAGUGAAAAAUAUCGUGGACAAAGCGGUCAAGGAGAUGUCCAUGGAGAAAUAUAUGAAGGAGUUGAAUGUUACGUGGUCGAAGAUGGAAUUCGAGCGCGAAGUUCACACACGGACGGGCGCUACCUUGAUAAGAGCCAGCGAAGAGUUGAUCGAGACUUUAGAAGAGAACCAGGUGCAAUUGCAGAACAUGAUCACGUCGAAGUUCAUUGCGCACUUCCUCGAGGAGGUGUCGUCGUGGCAGAAGAAGCUGAGUAUCGCCGACCAGGUGACGACAAUAUGGUUCGAGGUCCAACGCACCUGGAUGCACCUCGAGAGCAUUUUCAUGUCGUCCGAGGAUAUACGACGACAGUUGCCGGUAGACGCCGAAAGGUUUAACCGCAUUGACAAGGAGUUUAAGGAGAUGACGGAGGAAAUGGCGAAGACGCCGAAUGUCGUCGAGGCGACGAACAAGGACGGCCUCGUUUCCGCCCUGGACGUUUUGCAAAAAGCGCUCGUGUUAUGCGAGAAAGCCCUGGCAGAGUACUUAGAAACGAAACGUCUCGCGUUCCCGCGAUUCUAUUUUGUGUCCUCCAGCGAUCUGCUGGAUGUACUCUCGAAUGGGAAUCAACCGGAAGUAGUGGCAAAACAUCUGACAAAGCUCUUCGAUUCUAUGGCGCGUCUGAAUUUCGACAAGGGGAGCACGGUAAAACGCGUCUCUGGGAUGUUCGCGAAGGACGGCGAGUACGUGGAGUUCGCUAACUGCGAGAUGAUCUGCGAGGGAGCUGUGGAGGCGUGGUUGAAUCGUCUUCAGAGCGCGAUGCGCGUGUCCAUCCGGCAUUACUUCAGCGAGGCGGUGGUGACGUACGAGGAGAAACCGCGAGAGCAAUGGCUGUUCGAUUAUCCUGCUCAGGUGUCUCUGUGCGGGACGCAAAUCUGGUGGACCACCGAGGUCAACAUGGCCUUCGGGCGUCUCGAGGAGGGCUACGACAACUCCAUCAAGGACUACCUGAAGAAACAGAUCUCGCAGCUGAGCACGCUGAUCACCCUGCUGAUCGGGGAGCUGACGAAGCAGGAGAGGCAGAAGGUCAUGACCAUCUGCACAAUUGACGUGCACUCUAGGGACGUCGUCACGAAGCUGGUGCAGUCGAAGGUGGAGAGCUCGCAGGCGUUCCAAUGGCAGAGCCAGCUGCGACACAGGUGGGACGAGAAGGAGAAGGAUUGCUUCGCAAAUAUUUGCGACGCGCAAUUUAAAUACUCUCACGAGUACUUGGGCAAUACUCCCAGAUUAGUGAUAACGCCGCUGACAGACAGGUGUUACAUCACUCUAACGCAAUCUCUGCACCUCAUCAUGGGCGGUGGUCCGGCUGGACCAGCCGGGACCGGGAAGACUGAAACCACGAAGGAUCUGGGCAGAGCGUUAGGCAUAAUGGUAUACGUGUUCAAUUGUUCCGAGCAGAUGGACUACCAGUCCUGCGGUAACAUAUACAAGGGACUAGCGCAAACCGGCGCGUGGGGCUGCUUCGACGAGUUUAACAGGAUCACCGUCGAGGUGCUCUCGGUGGUAGCCGUGCAAGUGAAAUCGAUUCAAGACGCGAUUCGCGACAAGAAGGAGAAAUUUAAUUUCAUGGGUGAAACGAUAGCACUCGAGCCGACUGUUGGCAUAUUCAUCACCAUGAAUCCUGGCUACGCAGGUCGCACGGAGUUGCCGGAAAACCUGAAGGCCCUCUUUCGUCCCUGCGCCAUGGUGGUGCCCGAUUUCGAGCUGAUAUGUGAGAUCAUGCUGGUAGCAGAGGGAUUCCAGGACGCCAGAGUGCUCGCGAGGAAGUUCAUCACGCUCUACACAUUGUGCAAGGAACUGUUGUCGAAGCAGGAUCAUUACGAUUGGGGUCUGAGGGCGAUAAAAUCUGUGCUUGUGGUUGCCGGUAGUCUAAAAAGAGGUGAUCCCGGUAGGCCCGAGGAAGAAGUGCUGAUGAGAGCUCUGAGAGACUUUAACAUUCCGAAAGUCGUGUCGGACGAUCUGCCGGUCUUCAUGGGACUGAUAGCGGACUUGUUUCCAGCAUUGGAUGUCCCUCGGAAGAGGGAUGUCGAGUUUGAGAAAAUGGUCAAGCAAGCGGCCACCGAUUUGAGUCUACAGCCGGAAGACGGUUUCAUCCUCAAGGUCGUGCAACUGGAGGAGCUGUUGGAGGUGCGCCACUCCGUCUUCAUCGUGGGUAUAGCUGGUUCUGGGAAGACUCAGGUCUGGAAGACAUUGUUUAAGACUUAUCACAACAUGAAGAAGAAGCCGAUCUACAACGAUCUCAAUCCGAAAGCUGUAACCAAUGACGAGCUCUUUGGGAUUAUUAAUCCAGCGACGCGAGAGUGGAAGGAUGGGCUGUUCUCGGUGAUCAUGAGGGAACAAGCGAACCUGGGUGGCGAGAAUCCAAAGUGGAUCGUCCUGGACGGCGACAUCGAUCCGAUGUGGAUCGAGUCGCUCAACACUGUGAUGGACGACAACAAGGUCUUGACGUUGGCCAGCAACGAGAGGAUCGCGCUCACACCGGCCAUGAGACUGCUCUUCGAAAUCUCUAACCUGAGGACCGCCACGCCGGCGACGGUUUCGCGCGCUGGUAUCCUGUACAUAAACCCGCAAGAUCUAGGGUGGAAUCCAUUCGUGACCAGUUGGUUAGAGAAGCGGCCGUCGCAGAAUGAAAAGUCGAAUCUCGUCAUGCUCUUUGACAAGUACAUUCCUCCCUGUCUCGAGAUCUUGAGAACCCGAUUCAAGAAGAUAACUCCCAUAGCCGACAUGGCACACGUGGAGAUGCUGUGCCAGCUGCUCCACUGUCUCCUAAAACCGGAACUGACAAGCACCGAUUUCUACAAAGAGCAUUACGAGCUUUACUUCGUGUUCGCCGCCGUUUGGGCGUUUGGCUCCUCCAUGUUCCAGGAUCAGACGGUGGAUUAUCGCGUGGAGUUUACCAAGUGGUGGAUCAACGAGUUCAAACAGGUGAAAUUUCCGGCACAGGGCACGGUCUUCGAUUAUUACAUCGACAACGAAACAAAGAGCUUUGUUCCUUGGACGGAGCGUCUUCCAAAGUUCGAGUUGGACCCGGAGUUGCCCCUACAGGCUGUUCUAGUGUACACGUCAGAGUCUAUCAGAAUAAAGUACUUCCUGGAUCUGCUGAUGCCGGAGAAACAUCCAAUAAUGUUGGUCGGCACAGCCGGCUGCGGUAAGACUGUUCUGGUCGCCGACAAGCUUCUUCAAUUAUCCGAGAACUACGCGGUGUCCAAUGUACCCUUCAACUUCUACACCUCGUCCGAGAUGCUGCAAAAGAUCCUGGAGAAACCGUUGGAGAAAAAAGCUGGUAGGAAUUACGGUCCGCCGGGGAACAAAACUCUGGUGUACUUCGUCGAUGACAUGAACAUGCCGGAAGUCGACGCGUACGGCACCGUUCAACCUCACACGCUCAUCAGGCAGCACCUGGACUAUGGUCAUUGGUAUGAUCGUACUAAGCUGUCACUGAAAGACAUUCAUAAUUGUCAAUAUGUCAGCUGCAUGAAUCCCACUGCUGGAUCGUUUACGAUCAAUCCGAGACUACAGAGACAUUUCGCUGUGUUCGCUGUUAGUUUCCCGAAUAUGGAUUCGUUGACGACUAUAUAUGCUUCUAUCUUGUCGCAGCAUUUCGCAAAUGUGGAGCACAGAUUUCCUCUAAACGUCACCGAACUAUGUCCCAACAUUGUGCAAGCAACGAUUCAAUUGCAUCAUCGUUGCGGUCAAAUGUUCCUACCAACAGCUGUAAAGUUUCAUUACAUCUUCAAUCUUCGUGAACUUUCCAACUGCUUUCAAGGUCUAUUAUUCAGCGGCAACGAGUGCUUACAGACCCCGAUAGAUUUGAUCCGACUUUGGAUGCAUGAGACUCAACGUGUUUAUGGAGAUAAGUUAACAGACGAGAAAGAUAUCGAGAGUUUCUCGAAGCUACAACUUGAUAUUCUGAAAAAGAACGUCGAAGAGAUAGAUGAGGGUACAAUUCUGGAGAAACCCAAUAUUUACUGCCAUUUUGCAGGAGGCGUCGGGGAGCCAAAAUAUAUGCCUGUUAAAGAUUGGGCGAUUUUACAUCGGUUGUUGUCAGAAGCAUUGGUCAGUUAUAACGAUAUGGUAGCGGCCAUGAAUCUAGUGCUCUUCGAAGAUGCUAUGAUGCACGUAUGUCGCGUAAACAGGAUUCUAGAAUCACCCAGAGGCAGUGCACUUUUAGUGGGUGUAGGCGGUUCCGGCAAACAGAGCCUCUCGCGAUUAGCAGCCUUUAUAAGCUCGUUGGAGGUCUUUCAAGUUCAAUUGAAGAAAGGCUACGGUGUAACCGAUCUGAAACUCGAACUUGCCGCUUUGUACACGAAAGCAGGCUUGAAAAAUCUAGGCAUUAUGUUCUUGAUGACAGACGCGCAAGUGCCAAACGAGCAAUUUUUAGUACUUAUCAACGACAUGCUCGCAUCGGGCGAAGUGCCCGACUUGUUUGCCGAAGACGAAGUGGAGAAUAUAAUAGCAGGAGUCCGCAAUGAAGUGAAAGGUGCAGGUAUAUUGGACACACGCGAGAACUGCUGGAAGUUCUUCAUCGAUCGCGUCCGCCGGCAGCUUAGGAUAGUAUUGUGCUUCUCUCCAGUCGGUUCCACACUGCGAGUCAGAUCCAGAAAAUUCCCGGCUAUUAUAAACUCCACGAUGAUAAAUUGGUUCCAUGAGUGGCCUCAGGAGGCACUGAUAUCCGUAUCGAAAAGAUUCUUGCAGGAAGUGGAAGAGCUGCCGGAAACUUACAGAGAAUCAGCUGCCAAGUUCAUGGCUCAAGCACACACCAGCGUCAACAUAGCCAGCCGACAGUACUUGAGCAGUGAACGCCGCUAUAAUUACACAACGCCAAAGUCGUUUCUGGAGCAGAUAAGCUUGUACAUCAGAUUGCUGAAGACGAAGAGCUCGGAACUACGCGCUAGAGUGGCAAGAUUGGAGAACGGCUUGGACAAGCUGAGAUCGACGGCUGUACAAGUGGACGGGUUGAAGAAGAAACUGGCUGUGCAAGAGGUAGAACUGCAGCAGAAGAACGAUGCCGCGGAUGCUCUGAUUGCUAUAGUCGGCGUGGAGACUGAGAAGGUUCAGAAAGAGAAAGCAAUAGCGGAUGAGGAGGAAUCCAAGGUAGCCAUAAUAGCCGAGGAAGUCUCGAAAAAGCAGAAAGACUGCGAGAUGGAUUUGAGGAAGGCCGAGCCUGCCUUGCUGGCCGCGCAAGAAGCUCUGAAUACCUUAAACAAGGCGAACUUAACGGAACUGAAAUCGUUCGGCUCGCCUCCUGGAGCCGUAACGAACGUCACUGCUGCAGUCAUGGUCCUUUUGGCACCAGGUGGCAAAGUACCGAAGGACCGAAGCUGGAAGGCUGCCAAGAUUGUGAUGGCGAAAGUGGACACUUUUCUGGAUUCUCUGAUUAAUUAUGACAAGGAGAAUAUUCAUCCCGAGGUGAUCAAAGCGAUACAGCCGUAUCUAAAGGACUCCGAAUUCGAGCCCGAAUUUGUGAGAUCGAAAUCAGCCGCCGCGGCAGGAUUGUGUGCCUGGGUGAUCAAUAUCAUAAAGUUUUACGAGGUUUUCUGCGACGUGGAACCGAAACGCAAGGCGCUCGCGCAUGCAAAUGCCGAGUUGGCCGCAGCUCAGGAAAAACUCAGCGGGAUUAAGCGCAAAGUGGCCUCUUUGGAAGAACAGCUGGCCAAAUUAACGGCGGACUUUGAGAAAGCAACGGCCGAGAAACUAAAAUGUCAACAGGAAGCCGAUGCUACCAAUUCAACGAUUGCGUUAGCAAAUCGAUUAGUCGGUGGUCUCGCAUCCGAAAACGUUCGUUGGGCUGAUUCGGUGGCCAAUUUUAUGCAGCAGGCGUCGACGCUACCCGGCGAUGUUCUACUAGUGACGGCUUUCAUAUCCUACGUGGGCUGUUUCACGAAGCAAUAUCGGCAGGAUCUGCUGAACAAGCAGUGGCUGCCCUUCAUACGCAACGUGGAACCGGUGAUCCCGAUUACCGAAGGCCUCGAUCCACUCUCCCUGCUAACCGACGACACGCAGGUCGCGAAAUGGAACAACGAGGGACUGCCGAACGACAGAAUGUCGACGGAGAACGCCACGAUACUGACCAACUCUGAUCGCUGGCCGCUAAUGAUAGAUCCUCAGCUCCAGGGGAUCAAGUGGAUCAAGCAGAAAUACGGGGACGAGCUGAAAGUGAUCAGAUUAGGACAACGCGGUUACUUGGACGUAAUCGAAUUAUCGUUGGCGAACGGAUCCACGGUUCUGCUGGAGAACAUCGGCGAGAGCGUGGAUCCUGUGCUGGAUCCGCUGCUCGGCCGAAACUUAAUCAAGAAGGGUCGAGCCAUUAAGAUAGGCGAUAAGGAGGUGGAGUACAAUUCCAUGUUCAGAUUGCUGCUGCACACGAAGAUGGCUAAUCCCCAUUAUAAGCCGGAAAUGCAGGCGCAAACUACACUGAUCAAUUUUACGGUGACGAGGGACGGCCUGGAGGAUCAACUGCUUGCGGAAGUGGUUAAGGCGGAGAGGCCGGAUCUGGAAGAGCUGAAGGCAGAGCUCACUAGGCAACAGAACGACUUCAAAAUUACCCUCAAUAGCCUUGAAGAUUCGCUCCUCUCAAGAUUGUCGUCGGCUGGCAGCAACGUUCUCGAAGACACGUCUCUCGUGGAGAAUUUGGAAACCACGAAGCGCACCGCCGCGGAGAUCGAGACAAAAGUCACGGAGGCCCGCGGUACCAGUAAAGAGAUCGACGCAGCUCGUGAAUUGUACCGACCAGCAGCCGCGAGAGCCUCGUUGCUGUACUUCAUCUUAAACGAUCUGAACACUAUCAAUCCGAUUUACCAAUUCUCGUUGAAGGCGUUCAGCGUGGUCUUCCAGAAUGCGAUCCUGAAAGCCAACCCUGCGGCCGACGUCGCGACGAGAGUGCAGAAUCUGAUCGAGUGCAUCACGUACUCGGUCUUUACGUACACCAGCCGGGGUCUGUUCGAGUGCGACAAGCUGAUCUUCGCCUCGCAGAUGGCUUUUCAGAUUUUAUUGGCAAGGAACGAAGUUACGGCCGGCGAGCUGGACUUCUUCCUAAGAUUUCCCAUAACGCCGCACGUCACCUCGCCAGUCGAUUUCCUCACCAACACCAGCUGGGGUGGCAUACGGAGUCUCGCUACGAGGGAUGAGUUUCGGAAUUUGGACCGAGACAUUGAGAGUUCCGCUGGAAAACGCUGGAAAAAGUUCGUCGAGUGCGAGUGCCCGGAGCGCGAGAAGUUUCCUCAAGAGUGGAAAAAUAAAACGGCGAUACAACGUCUAUGCAUGCUGAGAGCACUGAGACCGGACCGGAUGACGUACGCCAUCGCCGCGUUUAUCGAGGAGAAGCUGGGUCCUAGAUACGUCGAGACGAGAACGGUGGAAUUCGCGAAAUCUUUUGAGGAAACCAGCCCGAGCACUCCCAUCUUUUUCAUUUUAUCGCCCGGAGUUAAUCCACUGAAGGAUGUGGAAGACUUGGGUCGACGCCUCGGCGUUACAUCAGAUAAUCAAAAUUUCCAUAACGUGUCCCUCGGUCAAGGACAAGAAACGGUAGCCGAGCAGGCGAUGGACACAGCAGCCAAGAAUGGUCACUGGGUGGUAUUGCAAAAUAUACAUCUAGUAAAAAAGUGGCUUCCACUGUUGGAGAAGAAACUGGAAGUCGCCGGAGAAGGCUCUCAUCCUGAUUACAGAAUGUUUAUGAGCGCGGAGCCGGCUAGUACGCCAGCUGGCCAUAUAAUACCACAAGGUAUCUUGGAAUCGUCAAUCAAGAUUACGAACGAACCGCCCACGGGCAUGCAAGCUAAUUUGCAUAAGGCACUGGAUAAUUUUACCCAAGAGACCUUAGAAAUGUGUUCGAAGGAAGCAGAGUUCAAAGCGAUUCUAUUCUCCUUGUGCUAUUUCCAUGCAGUCGUCGCGGAACGUCGAAAAUUCGGACCGCAAGGUUGGAACAAGAUAUAUCCCUUUAAUGUGGGAGACUUGAAUAUUAGCGUCAGCGUACUCUAUAAUUAUUUGGAAGCUAGCCCAAAAGUGCCCUGGGAAGACUUAAGGUACCUUUUCGGUGAAAUUAUGUACGGCGGGCACAUAACCGAUGAUUGGGACAGAAGACUUUGUGUGUCCUAUCUUGAAGAAUUAAUGCAACCGGAUCUGAUCGAUGGAGAAUUGCAAUUGGCACCAGGUUUUUCCGCACCUCCCAACACGGAUUUAAUCGGCUAUCACGCGUACAUCGACGAAGCCAUCCCGCCGGAAUCUCCAUAUUUAUACGGAUUACACCCGAAUGCGGAAAUCGGCUUUUUAACAAUGACGGCUGAUAAUCUAUUUAAAACAGUUUUCGAGAUGCAACCGCGCGACACCGGCGGCUCCGGGGGACAAACCGUUACUAGGGAAGAGAAGGUAAAACAAGCGUUGGACGAUAUAAUAGAGAAAUUGCCCGAAGAAUUCAACAUGACGGAGAUCAUGGCAAAGGUGGAGGAGCGUACGCCCUACGUGAUCGUCGCCUUCCAAGAAUGCGAGAGGAUGAAUUUCCUGACGACCGAGAUCAAACGCUCUUUGCGCGAGCUGGAUCUGGGCCUCAAAGGAGAGCUCACCAUAACGUCGGACAUGGAGGAUCUGGAGAACGCGUUGUUCCUCGACCAAGUGCCGCCGGUGUGGGCUAGCAGGGCUUAUCCGUCUUUGCUGGGUCUGACUGGCUGGUUCGUCGAUCUCUUGCUGAGAAUUCGAGAGCUGGAAACAUGGUCCGCGGAUUUCAUCUUACCGUCGUCGGUGUGGCUGGCCGGUUUCUUCAAUCCCCAAUCGCUGCUGACCGCCAUCAUGCAGUCGACGGCCAGGAAGCACGAGUUGCCGCUGGACAAGAUGUGCCUCCAAUGCGACGUGACCAAGAAAAACAAAGAGGAAUUCACGUCAGCGCCGAGGGACGGGGCCUACGUACACGGAAUAUUUAUGGAAGGCGCGCGAUGGGACGUCCAGACGGGAAUCAUCGUCGACUCCAAGCCCAAGGAAUUAUAUCCGGCGAUGCCGGUGAUUAAUGUGCGCGCGAUCACACAAGACAAGCAAGAUUUGCGGAAUAUGUAUGAGUGCCCGGUGUACAAGACACGCACGCGCGGCCCGACCUACGUUUGGACGUUCAAUCUGAAGAGCAAGGACAAGCCGGCCAAGUGGACGCUGGCUGGGGUCGCCCUCCUGUUGCAACCCUAGGUGGAAUUUAUUUGCUCGUUAUUUAGGAUGAUAGUUAAUCAGUGUUUAGUUCAAUUAAUUACUUUAUGAUGAUGGAUCAUUUGAAACAGCAAGUAAAGCGCUCGUAAUUGUACCUGAUUGUUGAAUACGGUGAUAUUGUUGAUUAUUUCUCGGCCGGGUAUACCUCUCAUUAUGUAGAUAAGUUUGUAUGUUUAAACAUUUCUGCGUCAUGUGUAAUAUUGCAGGAAGCCGGUUGUAAAGAUUUUAUUAUUCUACUUUUUUAUUUUACUUUAUUUCUUUUAUCUCUAUUUGUUAUUUUUAUAUUAAUUAUUGUUCUAUGAUGAGAUGAAAAUAAAGUCCAUAAAGAAAUCGUGAAAUCAAGUGGAGAAGUCCGACUACCGCGGAAGAAUGCGCAUUCCGGUCUAUUGAAUCUCUCCAGUGAACGUGAAACGAAUGAGCUCUUUACGAUUUCAAGAGAGGCGAUAGAUCUUGCGCGACGCCGAUCCGCAAUUACGGCGUAUAAAGAAGAGAACGAAUCGACGGCCAAAUCCCAAACGGUCGAUCGAAGGUGGGGCACUCCGAGGUCGACUAAUCGACCGAGAGUUAAUAAAACGUAGGACGAGAAACGACGCGAGGUCUCCGAGGAGUAUCCGGUCCGUUCACGAACCGGCGCUCCGCUCUUCCGCGACAAGGAAAAAAGCGAAAUUAUCCGUCAUUCGUCGGGAGAUGGGAGUCCUCCCCCGAAGACGAGAUGCCCGAGAUCAAUACCUCCCUCCCCUCCCAUCUCGUCUCCCCGGAGUAAACAAAAGCCAAUGCCUAUCCGGCUACAAAGUGUUGGUCAAUGUAAUUUGGUACCGAAUCCGCGAAAUACGCGAGUACAAGCGGAGAAAGGAGAAGAGAUGCAAGAGACGGAGAACAUUUUUGUGUCGCUGCAUGCUGGAAAUGUUGCAUUGCAUUCGAACAAAUGAUACUUCUAAUCGCUUCAUCGAACGGUGCAAUUUUUCCCGAUGCGAUGUUUCUCGCAAGUGCGUUAUAGAGAACAAACAUUUCAUCGAGCAGCACUUCGGGAACUCGAUUAAGCGGGAAACACUCGCGAGAAAUAUUUGCUCUUUUAUUCUUCCGGCCUGUUUCAUAAAGUGAAACAAAGCGGUAAUCGUGCAAUAUUUACACGAGACGAGACAAUUUAAUCCUCGUGAACUG